AUGACGGAUAAUUAUAUCCAACAACUCGCCCUCGGGUUGGAGGUGACUGACCGACCGUUCCUGUGGGUGGUCCAGCCCGAUCUCGCCGUCGACUCUGCCGAUGCCAGUUCGGAUGACUUCAAGGACCGCGUCAGAAACAGAGGGAUGAUGGUGGCUUGGGCGCCGCAGCAGAAGGUGCUGACCCACCCUUCCGUCGGUUGCUUUGUGUCUCAUUGUGGCUGGAACUCCACCCUGGAAGGCGUCAGGAACGGGAAGCUCUUCCUUUGCUGGCCAUACUUCGCAGACCAGUUUUUGAACCAUAGCUACAUUUGCGGCCAUUGGAAGGUGGGUCUCAUCUUGAUGUCUGACGAGAGUGGGAUCGUUAAACAUGAACAGCUCAAAUCCAAGGUGGAAGAGCUGCUAGGGGAUGCCGAGAUGAGUGCAAGAGCAUCGUCGUUGAAGGAGAAAGCUCAAAGGAAUACCGACCAAGGAGGGGGGUUCAUUCCACAAUCUCAAGAGCGAUGGCGAGCUCCUCCGACCCAGCUCCCGUUCUCUGAUAUAAUACCAUGGAGACUCGCCGACAUCAUGAUGCGCGCUCGGGCAACUGGUCUGAUGAAGCUGAAGAACGCUGAGAUAGAGGCGGCAGCAGCAAAAGAGAUGGCAAGCAUCGGUUUGACUCUCGUCGGCUCUCAUGAGGGCGAGAGCGAGGCAGCGUAA